AUGGCCGCUCCGCCGCGCCGCCGCUCCGCGUCUCCGGCCCCGCUGCCGCCGGUUCCUCCGGCGCUGCUGGUGCUGGUGGUGCUGCUGGGCGGCGGGCCCGGCGCGGCGGCGGUGGCGGCGGCGGCGGCGGCGUCGCGGGAACCCCCCGGUCCGUGCCGCGUGAAGACGGUCACCGUGUCCACGCUGCCGGUGCUCCGCGAAAACGACAUCAGCUGGAGCGGAGCCCCGCCGCCCGCCGCCGCCGAUUCCCGUCUGCUGCUCUUCGUCCGCAGCGAGCUGCCCGGCCGCGUCGCCGUGCAGGACGAUCUGGAUAACACCGAGCUGCCCUUCUUCACCCUCGAGAUGUCGGGGACGGUGGCAGACAUCUCGUUGGUGCACUGGAAGCAGCAGUGGUUGGAAAACGGCACCCUGUACUUCCAUGUCUCCAUGAGCAGCGCUGAGCAGCUCUCCCGGGCCACUCCUCCCAGCCUCCAGGAGCCUUCCGAGAUCGUGGAGGAGCAGAUGCACAUCCUUCAUAUCUCCGUCAUGGGUGGGCUGAUCGCUCUGCUCCUGCUCCUCUUGGUCUUCACAGUGGCUCUGUACGCCCAGCGGCGCUGGCACAAGCGCCGCCGCAUCCCGCAGAAGAGUGCCAGCACCGAGGCCACCCACGAGAUCCACUACAUCCCCUCGGUGCUGCUGGGCCCCCAGGCCCGAGAGAGCUUCCGCAACUCUCGCCUGCAGGCCCACAACUCGGUCAUCGGCGUGCCCAUCCGCGAGACCCCCAUCCUGGAUGACUACGAGGACGAGGAGGAGGAGGAGACACCGCAGCGGGCAGAACCCAGCACCAGGGAGGAUGAGUUUGGCAGCCAGGUGACGCGGACGCUGGAGAGCCUGGGCCGGGGUGGGGAGGAGAAGCCUGACUACGAGAAGAAAGCUCCCGAGGUGACUCAGGAGACGGUGGAGUCCCUGAUGCAGAAGUUCAAGGAGAGUUUCCGCACCAACACUCCCAUCGAGAUCGGGCAGCUCCAGCCCGCGCUGCGCAGCACUUCUGUGGGGAGACGCAAACGCCGGAGCCGACCCCGAGGUGGCAUCGGCUUUGGUCGCGCCAAAGGGAACUCUGGCUCAGAGGCGGAUGAUGAAACCCAGCUCACCUUUUACACCGAGCAGUACCGGAGCAGGAGGCGAAGCAAAGGUUCGAUGAAAAGCCCUGUCAACAAGACAGCCCUGACUCUGAUUGCCGUCAGCUCCUGCAUCCUGGCCAUGGUGUGCGGCUCGCAGCUCUCCUGUCCACUGACUGUCAAGGUGACGCUUCAUGUCCCCGAGCACUUCAUUGCUGAUGGCAGCAGCUUCGUUGUGAGCGAGGGGAGCUACCUGGACAUCUCCGACUGGCUGAACCCAGCCAAGCUGUCCCUUUAUUAUCAGAUCAAUGCCACGUCUCCCUGGGUGAGAGAUCUCUGUGGCCAGAGGACCACCGAUGCCUGUGAACAGCUGUGUGACCAAGAGACAGGGGAGUGCAGCUGUCAUGAAGGCUAUGCCCCGGACCCCAUGCAUCGCCACCUGUGUGUGCGCACUGACUGGGGACACAGCGAAGGGCCGUGGCCCUACACCACACUUGAGAGAGGAUACGACUUGGUCACAGGAGAGCAAGCUCCGGAGAAGAUACUCAGGUCCACAUAUAGUCUGGGACAAGGCCUGUGGCUGCCUGUCAGUAAGAGCUUCGUGGUGCCCCCUGUAGAGCUCUCUAUCAAUCCUCUUGCCAGCUGCAAGACAGAUGUUCUGGUGACAGAAGAUCCGGCAGAUGUCAGGGAAGAAGCGAUGCUGUCCACCUACUUUGAAACCAUCAAUGAUUUGCUCUCCUCUUUCGGGCCGGUCCGGGAUUGCUCCCGCAACAACGGUGGCUGCACCCGCAACUUCAAGUGCGUUUCGGAUCGCCAGGUGGAUUCGACAGGCUGCGUGUGCCCCGAGGACCUGCGGCCCAUGAAGGAUGGCACCGGCUGCUACGAUUACUCCAAAGGCAUCGACUGCUCAGACGGCUUCAACGGCGGCUGUGAGCAGCUCUGCCUGCAGCAGACCCUCCCCCUGCCCCACGACCCCUCCUCCAGCACCAUCUUCAUGUUCUGCGGGUGUGUGGAGGAGUACAAGCUGGCCCCUGAUGGCAAGUCCUGCCUCAUGCUGUCCGACAUCUGCGAGGGCCCCAAGUGCCUGAAGUCGGAUGCCAAGUUCAACGACACACUCUUUGGGGAGAUGCUGCACGGCUACAACAACAGGAGCCAACACGUCAACCAGGGCCAGGUGUUCCAGAUGACUUUCAGGGAGAACAACUUCAUCAAGGACUUCCCGCAGCUGGCUGAUGGGCUGCUGGUCAUCCCGCUGCCCGUGGAGGAGCAGUGCCGUGGGGUGCUGUCUGAGCCCCUGCCCGACCUCCAGCUCCUCACUGGAGACAUCAAGUAUGACGAGGCGAUGGGUUACCCCAUGGUGCAGCACUGGCGGGUCAGGAGCAACCUGUACCGCGUGAAGCUCAGCUCCAUCACCCUCUCUUCAGGCUUCGCCAACAUCCUGAAGAUCCUGAGCAAGGACAGCAGCCGGGAGGAGCUGCUCUCCUUCAUCCAGCAGUUUGGCUCCCACUACAUCGCUGAGGCUCUGUACGGCUCCGAGUUCAGCUGCACCAUCCACUUCCCCAGCAAGAAGGUGCAGCAGCAGCUGUGGCUCCAGUACCAGAAAGAAACAACUGAGCUGGGGAACAAGAAGGAAUUGAAAUCCAUGCCGUUCAUCACCUAUCUCUCGGGCUUGCUGACCGCGCAGAUGCUUUCUGACGACCACCUCAUCUCAGGUGUGGAGAUCCACUGCGAGGAGAAAGGGCGCUGCCCAUCCACGUGCCACUUGUGCCGGCGCCCAGGCAAGGAGCAGCUCAGCCCCACGCCGGUCCUGCUGGAGAUCAACCGCGUGGUGCCCCUGUAUGCCCUGAUCCAGGACAACGACACCAGGGAGGCUUUCAGAGGCGCGCUGAUGAGCUCAUAUUGGUGCUCUGGGAAAGGCGACGUGAUCGAAGACUGGUGCAGGUGUGACCUCAACGCCUUCGACGAGAAUGGGCUCCCGAACUGCAGCCCCCUCCCUCAGCCUGUCCUGCGGCUGUCCCCCAAUGUGGAGCCCUCCAGCACUGUGGUCUCCCUGGAGUGGCUGGAUGUGCAGCCUGCCAUUGGGACGAAGGUGUCUGACUACGUCCUGCACCACAAGAAGGUGGAUGAGUACACAGACACAGACCUCUACACAGGAGAAUCUUUAAGCUUUGCAGAUGAUUUGCUUUCUGGCCUUGCAACGUCCUGUGUGGCAGCGGGUCGGAGCCAUGGAGAUGUCCCUGAAACCAGCCUCUACUCAGUUAUUUUCAAGUGCCUGGAACCAGAUGGUCUCUACAAGUUCACUCUGUAUGCGGUGGACACACGAGGGAGACACUCUGAGCUGAGCACGGUCACCCUGAGGACAGCCUGCCCACUGGUAGAUGACAGCAAGGCAGAAGAGAUAGCUGACAAAAUCUACAACCUCUAUAAUGGCUACACCAGUGGGAAGGAGCAGCAGACAGCCUACAACACGCUGAUGGAGGUCUCUGCUUCCAUGCUGUUCCGAGUCCAGCACCACUACAACUCCCACUAUGAGAAGUUCGGAGACUUUGUCUGGCGUAGUGAAGACGAGCUGGGGCCCAGGAAGGCACACCUGAUCCUGCGGAGGCUGGAGAAAGUCAGCAGUCACUGCUCAACGCUGCUCCGCAGCUCCUACAUCCAGAGCCGCACCGAGACCAUGCCCUACCUGUUCUGCCGCAGCGAGGAGGUCCGGCCUCCUGGCAUGGUGUGGUACAGCAUCCUAAAGGACACCAAAGUCACGUGCGAGGAGAAGAUGGUCUCCAUGCUGCGCAACACCUACGGGGAGUCCAAGGGGCGGUGAGGGACGGUGCCGGCCUGGAGCUGUGGGAGGCAGAGGGACUCCGAGGAGUCGAGGACUCGUGAUGUGCUGAGUGCUGCUGGGGUUCAGGGACGGGAGGUGUUCGGAGGGGUGAAAGGGGGCAGCGAGGCCAAGCAGGACUUUCUCACAUCAAUGGCAGAGAAACGCGAAAUCUGCAAGUUGGACUUUAAUUUCCUUUCCUUUCAUUUUUUAAUUUUUUCCAGAGGAAACAAACAAACAAACAAACAAAAAAACACAACAAAAACCAACCGACAAAAACCCAACACCUGAUUUGACUCAGCGCAAAAGUCUCUCCUUUUUAAUCUUUUCUUACUGAAUUUCCUGGACUACACACUCCGAAAUGCUGGGAGGAGGCGAUAUCUGCAGGAGGCGAGAGCCUGAGCAGGGGAACUUCUGGGCCUGGGGAUCCCCUGCCCACCCGGAGCUGUGGGGCCAGGAAUUUGGUGCCACAUUGGCCGAGGACGCCAGGAGCAUCCCAGCUGUGAGCGCGUGGCCCAGAGGUGGAUGCCAGGCAGGUGCCAGGACGUUGCGGACACGCUGGGGGUUUUUUACCACUCCAAGGUAGCAGAAUGGCUCCGUGCCUUCGUUCGCAAGGCUCCCGGCAGCUCGUUCUGUGCAUUAAAGGUUCAUAUUAAGUCCAUCUCCGUGCUUCCUUUGGUGUUUCUUCCUGAUGCUGUCUCGCCGCUGCUUCAGCUGAGAGGAGAGGACUCCCCCAAUGGCCAACCCCAAGGACCAGAGACCGGCGCUGACCCCGAGAGCAGGCGCUGGGAGAGGAGGGGAAAGUGCAGCCUCUGUGUAGGGUCCUGGCCCUGCCCAGCACCCAUCGCAGCCCCUCUGGGAGCUUCAGAUAUGUGGGAAAGCCCAAGAAGGAAGCCAGGGGCUAAAAAGACAUGGAGAAUCUGGUUUCUUUUACUGUCAGAUGUGGGUUAGGCUGGCCCAGGAUUUGUGUGGGUAAUGGAUUUUUCAGUCUGGUCGCCAAACCAAUGAGUGCAGGAGGGUGAGAGGAAAAAAAAACAACAAAAAUCAAAGCAGCCCAAAGCUAUUGCUUUUUCUUUCUUAAAGCAAAACAACAAACCUGGAGGGGGGCUGGAGGGGGAAAAGGAAACACUGUGGGCUGAAUGAAUCAGUUCAGUCAGCCCAAAGCAAACAGUUCUGUUUGUUUUUUUUCCAGGUUAUUUAACCCUUUAAAGUAAAGAAAACAAGGAGGUGAGUUUCAAAAUGGACGUGUUUUGAAACCAAACAAAGGUGCAGGAUUUGAUGUGGAGGAAGUUCAGCCAGGCUUAUCCUUCUUGAGAUAAACCUCUUUGCCUGCUUUGGCUAAUUGUGGUCGUGUCUCCCACAUUGCUCUUGUUUUUCCCUUUUUCCUUGCGUCCUGUCUCUUCAUUUGUCUUGACCCACAUGGAUGCUGCAGGCUGGGGAGCCCUCCAGCACCUGGUCAGUGUCCUGCUGGAGCACACAGGGGAGCCUUUGGAACAAGAGCACCACAGGUUGUUUGGGAGCCCUUUUUUUUUAAAGCCAAAAUCUCUUUUCCUGUUUGGUGUUCCUUGGGGUGGAGAGGACAACCUCAGCUUCCUGCAGCCCAAUGCACACUUUGCAUUUCCUUGCCUGGGUCUGAUGAGCCUCAGUGCAUCUCAGUGCCAUCCUGCAAGUGCAACUGUUGGCCUCAUCCAGAGUCAGCUCCCAAAUCUUGCACCUCAGGAAGCGGGCAGCUCUGCUCGAGGUGUUGCAGCAUUAUUUGCUCAGCUUGGCUAUUGUGAGAAGCAAAACAAAGCAAAAACCCUCAGACUGCGAAUGUGCUGAUGGUCCCAGCCUGAUGGACCUGAGUGACACUGCUGGCAUUUUCUACGAUGCCAAUGACACGGCAGGUGGGGAUGUUGUGGUGGUUACAGGACUAGCGCUAUUAUGGGAUGCCUGACUGCCACGAGUGCAGUGUUGUAGGAACUGGGAAUGGAGGCCGCACGCCAAAGCCCACUCAUAUCCUUGGUGAUGCUGGUGGCAGCACGGGGGGGAAUGCAGCAGGCGGAUGUGCUGGGGCAGAGUGGCAGAGAGCAUUUGGCAGCCGUUCAGCUGUCGAGGAGCACACAGAGCUCUCAUCUCAGUUCCAGCCCCAGGCAGACUGUGGCCACGGAUGCUGCCCGGCGCGGCCGACCCAAGCCAAACAAACCCGAGGAAUUCGUCGAGGUUACACAUGCUUGGGCUCGCGGCUGAAUGGAAGGUUCUGUGUUUUCUAACUGGAAAUUUUGGAGAAUGUUACCAUCAGGCUUUCAAGAUAAAUAGUUGCAGUCACAGCCCAGCAAUGCUGGCCCAUGGGCUCACGCUCUGCCGCAUGCGUGCCCGCAUGCAGUGUGCACUGCAGCCAUCCUCAUCCUCCUGGGUGCAUUGGUGGGAAGGAGCAGCACGAGGGGCUUCGUCUGCAGGCAUUGCUCACCUGGCAUCUUCCAUGUGCUCUCACUCCUGUCACACCCAUCCACUCCAGCCCUGGUUUUUUUCCUUUUCUUUUUUUUUAUGAACACCUGUAGUCAAACAAAGGGCCGUGGGCUCCAGCUGAGAUGGGACGCUUGCAUGCUUCUUAAAAAUAAAUGUACAACUGGGAGGCAGGGGGUAGCUUCCAUAACGUAAGCUGGUAGGUAAUGUCUUUGUAGGAAGGAGGUGAGAGUGGCUGUUGGCACCAGUCCUAUUUUCACUGUAAGUAAAAUGACCAGAAGGCUGCGGAUAGCAGGUGACAAGACUUGGUAUCUACAAAAAAAACCAACCCAACAACAACAAAAAAACCACAACUAUUUUGUGCAAGCUUUUAACCACGGAUGGUCCUCACUAGGCCUGAGUCGCCCGGAAGAUCAUCAAGACCUUCAGAACUAUUUUCAUACAUUACUGCCUCUCCUGAGCGUAAUGUUUUUAGGAUCCUUUGGCUGCGUUUUAUCAGCAAACUUUUGGGCCAGGGGGUGAGUGGAAGAGGCCUGGGAACAGCUCACCUCCCUUCACUGUGCCUUAGGCCAUGGCACCCGAGGAGGUGCACUGGGCAGCACAGGGAGCACACACAUAGGCACCAUCCGCUAACGGGCACAGCUGGAUGCUCAUCUGAUCUUCAGGUGCCUUCAGUACAUGGGAAAGGUGAGCAGCUUUCCUUACACUCCAGUUUCUGGAAGCCUUUCUUGAAGUCUCUACAUCCUUUUGUCCACAUUGCUUCAUGUUGCCAACAGCUGCAUUUUCCCAUUCCUACAGUUCCCAGUGCCACACUUGGUGGAGGAGCUGUGGCUUUCAGCCAGGUGACGACUCAGAUGUAUGAACCAGGAGCAGCUUCCCUGCUGUUGCAUGCAGCGAACACAGUCAGCUCCCUUGGUUUAUCACAGCCCACAGGACCCACGGCGGGUGACACGGGUGUCUGCAGCCACACAGUGCUUGGUGGCACAGGCUGGCUGGCAUUGCAGCUUGGGGCUGAUCAGAAAGUGACAUCCCUUGCUUUCCCUCUGCCACUUUUAACAUCAGCUGGUGGCCCACUCUUUGAGCAGUGCCUUCAGCCCUCUCUCAAUGCAGGUAUUGAUGCAUGUUUUCCCUUCCCCUGCUCUUCAGCGAUUGAUUUCCAGACAGACACAUGAACUGGCCAUAGGAAUGGUUGUUUUGGCCGCACACUGCAAUUGAUUGUGCUCGUGUGGUUGUGCACAUGUGAGGAAUGGAGAUGAGCAUCGCUCAGCGGCUGCAGCACAGCCCAGCAGGAGCUGCCUCUGUAGGUUGCUCCUGUCUUAAAGCCUGUAUUAAUGCUUAAUAGAUCCUUCAAUGCACAGUUAAUUGAUUUAUGUAUUGCUAUAGACACAAACCGUUUAAUACACCGUUUAUAGGCCUUUUUAGCUACGGUGUGUUCUAUUGACAGGGCCGUUCAACGUGCUUAUACUGCAUUAAUAAUGCAUUGGCCACUGACAGGGAUGCUAUAGAGGCACCAUGGGCUGUCACUCUCUCUCCCCACUCGAUAUAUUGCAGUAGAUUUUGACAGCUGAAAUGCAAAACAUCUUUUUUAGUGACUCACUUAUGUCAGUGUAAAAAAAAAAUAUUAAUUUAUUGCUGCCCUUCAGUUUAUUGCCCCCAAGCGCCCCAUAGACUGCAGUGUGGAAUUCAUUUGUUGUUCAGUCCACAGCCUCUUUACACACGACAGUCAGUAUUAAUGCCACAUUUCUAAAAGCGGGCAAAGUGUUGCUUUUCAGUAGUGCACAUACAUCAGGAUGGCAGACAGAGCUGUCUGCCAUUAUAGUCCAACAGCAACAAAAGCAAAAGGACCUGCAAGUGGUGCAGCACAGCCAUCAUCAAGGCUCUUACCCACAUGCUCCAGGUCCUCUCCAGCCUCCCUGUCCUGUCUGGGCUUCCCUGGGGAGUUAAAUCAUUGAUGAGGGUGAGAGUUAACUGGGUUAACAGUGACCCUCUUCAGAAUCAAUAGGGAGUCAAUAACUGUCAGGGCUGAAUGGCACCUAUCCUGACAGCGUGCACAGGCCCAGUUUGGAGGCGUCGAUGCUGAAUCAAUUCACAUUGUAAAUGCUGAGUCGAUACACAUUUCCCAGCUACAGCAGCACAGACAUCCCUCCCCUGCCUGCUGCAGCAGCUCCAAGCUGGGAGGUGGGCUGGGGUCUGCACCACGGGGUCCUGCUGCGGGGUGGGCAUGGAUCUGAUCCAUCACUCUGCUGAGCAAAAUGAUGUUAAAUGGGACACAGAGCCUCAUUCCACAGUGCCCACAGGGUUCUGCAUCUGGCACACUCAGCCCUGGGGUGCAUGCAGAUGGCUUCCAGCCUUCCUCCCCGCUUAGGUCAUACUCCUGAGUCAUGGCGAGUUCCUGUUGGGACUCAUCUGCUGGAUGACAGUGCUGUGCAGCUGAUGGAGAAUGUAAGCAGCAGAGGGCAGGGGAAGAGUCCUUAGAUGUGCUGGGUGGCAGACAGGUCACAGCAGCGCGGAGCUGCAGCCUGGCACAGCCCCAGGUUGUCGCUGAGGCCAAGCCUUAACGUGUGAGCGCUCUUUUCCAAGUGAUGAGGGCACUAUUCAGGCACACUUACGGGCUUGAAUGUUUCUCUAAAGGUUUCCCAAUUGAGACAAAGUGGAAUUCUUCAGGACAGACCCCAUUGCCUCAGGGUCUGACGGCGGAACCAGACCCAUUGGGUGGCAGGGAACCACACCACACCCCGGGGGGGGCUGCCUCCCUCCACCAGCCCUGCCAGAGCACUGUGAGUGCUGCAGACCCUGCCUGAAACUGAGGCAGGGGAGCACGUGGCAGGGCAGCCCGUACAGCUGUGCAUCCAGAUGUGGGACCACGCUCACCCUCCCACACCCAGCGAUGCUCGGGGCCAGCUCGACCGAAAGCAAAGACGUGGCAAAAGCAAGCAGUCCAGUUCAGAACUCUUUAAUACAAGCUUAUAUUGUUUGUGUUUCUGAUUCUCUGUUCUCCCAGCAUCUGGGGACAUUAACCCUCAUAUGUGUGUGAGCAUGUGUAUGAAGAUAUAUACAAAAUCACACAGUUAAAUAUUUAAGCAUACAAGGUAUUAUAUAUUUAUAUAAUAUAGAACUUUAGGGUAUAGGAAUCAACAAUGGCAAAAUAUUUCUGAUGAGUCUGACAAAACUUUUUUUUUUUUGAGUGAAACAUGACCUGUUCUUGAAAGACCAGAGGAAGUUGUUGUUUAUUAAAAGGAAGAGAAAAACCUGUAUAAAGAAAUUCUGUGAAAAUGACUUCAAAAAAAACCUCAUGAACCAAAAAAGGACAACUGUUAAAAACUGUAUUGAAAAAAAAAAAAAAAUAAAUUA